CCCUGCGUCUCCCGCGGUGGGUCCUCUACUCAGGUGUUGACGGAAGUUCUAGAAUAGGUCGCCGCCCUCAGUUGCAGGAUCCAAGGACCCCCUUUGUUCUUUCUCCAAAUCGCUUGAUGGGAGGCAUUAUGGCCCCCAAAGACAUAAUGACAAAUACUCAUGCUAAAUCCAUCCUCAAUUCCAUGAACUCCCUGAGGAAGAGCAAUACCCUCUGUGAUGUGACCCUGAGAGUGGAGCAGAAAGACUUCCCUGCCCAUCGGAUCGUGCUGGCUGCUUGCAGCGAUUACUUCUGUGCCAUGUUCACCAGUGAGCUUUCAGAGAAGGGAAAACCUUAUGUUGAUAUCCAAGGUUUAACUGCCUCUACCAUGGAAAUCCUGUUGGACUUUGUGUACACAGAAACGGUGCAUGUAACAGUGGAAAAUGUCCAAGAACUGCUCCCUGCAGCUUGUCUGCUUCAGCUGAAAGGGGUGAAGCAAGCCUGCUGUGAGUUCCUGGAAAGUCAGUUGGACCCUUCUAACUGCCUGGGCAUCAGGGAUUUUGCCGAAACUCACAAUUGUGUCGACCUGAUGCAAGCAGCUGAAGUUUUUAGCCAGAAGCAUUUUCCCGAAGUGGUGCAGCACGAAGAGUUCAUUCUUCUGAGUCAAGGAGAGGUGGAAAAGCUAAUCAAGUGCGAUGAAAUUCAGGUGGAUUCUGAAGAGCCCGUCUUUGAGGCUGUAAUCAACUGGGUGAAGCAUGCCAAGAAGGAGCGAGAGGAGUCCUUGCCUGACCUGCUGCAGUAUGUGCGGAUGCCCUUGUUGACCCCCAGGUACAUCACGGAUGUCAUAGACGCUGAGCCCUUCAUCCGCUGUAGUUUACAGUGCAGGGAUCUGGUUGAUGAAGCAAAGAAGUUUCACCUGAGGCCUGAACUGCGGAGCCAGAUGCAGGGACCCAGGACGAGGGCUCGUCUCGGAGCCAAUGAAGUGCUUCUGGUGGUUGGGGGCUUUGGAAGCCAGCAGUCUCCCAUCGAUGUGGUCGAGAAAUAUGAUCCCAAGACUCAGGAGUGGAGCCUUUUACCCAGCAUCACUCGUAAGAGACGCUAUGUGGCCUCCGUGUCCCUGCAUGACCGGAUCUACGUGAUUGGUGGUUAUGAUGGCCGUUCUCGCCUCAGUUCCGUGGAGUGUCUAGACUACACAGCGGAUGAGGACGGGGUCUGGUAUUCUGUGGCUCCUAUGAAUGUCCGGCGAGGCCUUGCUGGAGCCACCACCCUAGGAGACAUGAUCUAUGUCUCCGGAGGCUUUGACGGAAGCAGGCGUCAUACCAGUAUGGAGCGAUAUGACCCAAAUAUUGAUCAGUGGAGCAUGCUGGGCGAUAUGCAGACAGCUCGGGAAGGCGCUGGACUCGUAGUGGCCAGUGGAGUGAUCUACUGUCUGGGGGGAUAUGAUGGUCUAAAUAUCUUAAACUCAGUUGAGAAAUACGAUCCCCAUACUGGACACUGGACUAAUGUUACACCAAUGGCCACCAAGCGUUCUGGUGCAGGAGUCGCCCUGCUGAAUGACCAUAUUUAUGUGGUGGGGGGAUUUGAUGGUACGGCCCACCUUUCUUCUGUGGAAGCGUACAACAUUCGCACUGAUUCCUGGACGACUGUCACCUGUAUGACCACUCCACGAUGCUAUGUAGGGGCCACGGUGCUCCGGGGGCGGCUCUACGCAAUAGCAGGAUAUGAUGGGAAUUCCCUGCUGAGCAGCAUUGAGUGCUAUGACCCUAUCAUCGACAGCUGGGAAGUUGUGACAUCCAUGGGGACACAGCGCUGUGAUGCUGGCGUGUGUGUGCUCCGAGAGAAGUGACCACAGCUGGAGCGCCAUCCAGAGCUAGUGACGAGUCCAAGGGACAGUUUGUGUGAGAAUCAAGGAUCCUUUCCAGAACGUGUCUGUCAGCGUGUGCACAGGGUGAUUACAGGCACCAGUACCUUGACGAGUGUACUUAUUUGAACACACUCCCCCUCGUGCUGGUCCCGAGAAGGGGCGGUAACAGAGGCUCAAGGGCAGAGUGCGCACACCGGAUGGAUGUGGGAGACAGAUCCCCUCUCCCUCUGGUCUGAGGAGCACUUCUUGUUCCGUGUGCUUGAGGCAGUAGCUCUCUGUCGUGCCUCGUGUUGAGAAUGCUAAGGUGAGUAUGGCCUACUAGAAGUGGGCAGCGUGCAGCGGAUGAGAGCGGGAGGAUGCCAGCCUGAGUAAGCUCGGUCAGGCCAAGUCCCCACCCCAGGAACAAAUGUCUGUUCUCAUCUACAGGGUGCGGGGGCAACACAGUUCUAUUCUGGAGAAAAUCAAAACUUUGGGGGCCAGAGGGAUAGUCAUCUGACACUCCCCUGGGACGAGGUUGGUAUAUCAGAACUGAGUUUAGAGUAAGUGAACUGAACAACUGGAUUUGGUGGUGUGAGUGGACCUGGAAGCCCACUGACGUCCAACCUGGAAGAGUGAGAAGGGCUUAUUAUUCAAAGGAUCUUUUCAUUUCCCCAAGAGCUUUCUAAAGCAGAAAGACCUUGGCACUGGAGACUGAGAAGGUAACAGAGUGAACAAAUGUUGGGGGAAAGGAGACGGCGUAGACGUGGGCGAUCAGUACACCUGGGCAUAAACGAGGAGUACCUGUGAUUUUACCAUCGUCUUAUUCCCUGCCGGGGCUUAUCUAGCCGUGGCCAUGUUUGCCUUGAAUGGGUGAAAGACUCUCUUCGUUGAAUCCAAUACUACUACACUGUUACCUUCCAUACUAUUUAUUUGGGGAUGGGGUGGGAGGUGGCAGCAACCUAGUAGUUUAGCUCGCUAAUGACUGUCCCGUUCUUCGAGGGGCACACUUCUGCCAAGGAGUGCUCUUUGCUGCCGUGUUCAGUACUUAGUCCUUUCUUGCUACCUUUUCCUUACCUGUCCUCAGGAUGGACUUCAUUCGCGCAGUCAGAAUAAUCAAGCACAACCAAAAGUCUUGUGUUAGUUCCAUUGCUUCUGUCACCAUUUCUGUGCUGCCAUUCAAGGCUCUUCUGUGUCAUGGAAGGAAAGUCUUGCUUUAUGGGUACUGGGAGUGUGGGGACGUGCUGACCUAAGCAAGGAUGCACUUUCCCUUCAUUCCAAAAUUCCAUGUUUUCUUCUUUUCCUGAGUCGUAUUAAGCUACAGAGUUCUUUUCUUUGUAUUUUUUUAAGAAAAUAUUAAAAAUCAACUGUCUGAAA